CGGGGACGCCCCCUCGGAUGAAUGGGGCCUCGUCUGACUGGGAACUACAGUUCCUCCGCUAGCAGCGUCCGUGGCGGCCGUAGGGGAAGGGAGAAACGCGGCGGUCCUACGGGAGAGAGCGCUCCGGAACUGGGGCGAUGUGCGGUUCAGGCCUCCUGGGGUAGCGGUGGAAGCGGGUGCUUCGCUCGCACGCGCGCUCCUCGUCCACUGCCCCAGCCAUGCGCCCAGCCUUGGCGGUGGGCCUGGUGUUCGCAGGCUGCUGCAGUAACGUGAUCUUCCUAGAGCUACUGGCCCGGAAGCAUCCAGGAUGUGGGAACAUUGUGACAUUUGCACAGUUUUUAUUUAUUGCUGUGGAAGGCUUUCUUUUUGAAGCUGAUUUGGGACGGAAGCCACCAGCUAUCCCAAUAAGGUACUAUGCUGUGAUGGUAACCAUGUUCUUUACAGUCAGCGUGGUGAACAACUAUGCCCUGAAUCUUAACAUUGCCAUGCCCCUGCAUAUGAUAUUUAGAUCUGGCUCUCUGAUUGCCAACAUGAUUCUAGGAAUCAUCAUUUUGAAGAAAAGAUACAAUAUAUUCAAAUACGCCUCCAUUGCCCUGGUGUCUGUGGGCAUAUUUAUUUGCACUUUCAUGUCAGCAAAGCAGGUGACUUCCCAGUCCAGCGUGAGUGAGAAUGAUGGAUUCCAGGCAUUUGCGUGGUGGUUACUAGGCAUUGGGGCACUGACUUUCGCACUUCUGAUGUCAGCAAGGAUGGGUAUAUUCCAAGAGACUUUAUACAAACAAUUUGGGAAGCACUCCAAGGAGGCUUUAUUCUAUAAUCAUGCCCUUCCACUUCCUGGCUUUAUCUUCUUGGCCUCUGAUAUUUAUGACCAUGCAGUUCUCUUCAAUAAGUCCGAACUGUAUCAGCUUCCAGUCGUCGGGGUGACCUUGCCCAUCAUGUGGUUCUACCUGCUCAUGAAUGUUAUCACGCAGUAUGUGUGCAUCCGGGGUGUGUUCAUCCUCACGACAGAAUGUGCCUCCCUCACCGUCACACUUGUUGUGACUCUACGCAAGUUUGUGAGCCUCAUCUUUUCCAUCUUGUAUUUCCAGAACCCUUUCACUCUGUGGCACUGGUUGGGUACCCUGUUUGUCUUCAUUGGGACGUUAAUGUACACAGAGGUGUGGAACAACAUAGGAACCACAAGAAGUCAACCGCAGAAGGAUGACAAGAAGAACUGAACUGAACUCAGUGUUUUAUGAACGUGGUGUCUAGCAAAGGUCUGGCCAUUUCACUUUGGGUAAUGCCACGUUACCCCCAGUAUUAAACUAAACCUAUCCCAGAGAAUCCUCAGGAGUGGACACCUUCAGUUUCCAUAGCUAUCUGGGCUGCGUUUAUAAACUCCAAGUAGAUAUCUUCAGCCCUAAAAAUAGAAAAAAAGAAUACUUCCAUUGAGGAGUCUAUUGAUUUACUAUUAUUGUUUUGUUUGCCAGAAUAUUCAGAAUUAUACUUGUUGAAUUCCAGUGUCUAGAGCUACUAGUUUUCUAGCUGUGGUCCCAGACAAGAUUGUGCCUUUGUUGCUGUUCUCAUGUUUCUCUGCCAUAGCGGUUGUUUCCAUCCUGUGGCCAUGUCCCUUCCCCAUCCUGUCAUCCCUCCUCGCCUCAGCGGCACUUUGCAAUCUGUCACAUGCUCCAGGCCCCAUCAUCCCCUGAAGAGCAGAGCAGUGAAUGAACUGAGACCCCAGGAAUGUCAGGGGAACUUCUUCCAGCAUUUUGGAAGAGAAGUAGGUGUCCACAUGAGCUGAGCCCUGGAGUAGAGUAGACUGGCUGACUCUUCUUUCUCAUAUUUUAUUCCACCCCCCCCACGAAGAUCAGAGGCUUGGAAUAAUUCUGUAGCAUCUCAUGGCAUGAUGCCAGCAUGAGAGAAAGGGUCUGUAUGGAUUGGGCAGAAGGAGAGAGAUUUUUUCCUCAGUCCUGCAUAUAAAGCCCAUUAGCUUAUCACUAAGAUGGGGACAGAAGCCUGGCCCAGAACAGUUGGGCCUGCUCAGUCCCCUGAGAAUCACAGCCUUUCCUGGCCCUGCCAGGUGGGAGUAUAAGCCUAUGAAAGCCUUCAGAGCCAGGAAAAUUCGCUCUCCCUGGUCAUUAGGACAGGCAUCACCAGCCAGGUAAAUAGACUAAGCUGUAUUAUAGGUGUGGGUGUGGUAUCUAAAUCAGGUCAGAUCACAAAUACAGCUCAAAGCUACUCUCUUUUUUUUCUAUAAAGUAUCUCUAAUGUUCAUGUUGACUAUUUGGGAAAGAUUUGUAUGUGCUUUAUUAUAUCUAGAAACAUGCUCCUCUUUGGAUCAUUUCUUGGAUCUGCUUUUCUUCUGAAGGGAUUGUGGUGACAAGGAAUGACAUCAGUAAUGUACAUGGUGUGUGUGGUUCUUGUGCACCUGAAGAGCAUGGAAAUUGGUGUCUUUUAUUUGCUCUGUCUGUAUUUAGUCCCAGUCCCUCACUAAAGUCAGCGACCACUUCUCUUUUUUCUGUAGGCAAAGGCCUUUCACUUAACAUUUGGUACAAACUGCACUCUGAAAUUGAGAUGUGGCUCUCUGGGUCACCCAGGCUUGCUCCUGGCUGUCUGCUUCACCAGCAAGAUAGUCUCUGAUAAGUCCGAGCAGGGGCAGUGAGGAGAAAUAUCCUUAACCAGUGGACUGCUUGGGGAAGACAUUCAAGCUGUCGCACUUCUUUCGUUACUUAAAAUACGGCUGCUAUUUCUGCCACUAAAUCCCUGGGUCAGGCUUGCAAGCUGAUUUGUUACUGUAGAUACUGAUAUCUUCCAGGUAAUGGUCUGUUCUCAAACAUCGAAUUGGAUGUGAACCCAUUCAUGGACUCAAAAACUACUUGCUUUGAAAGAUGUGGAGUUCUUUGGAUUGAUGGAGCUAUAAAUAUCAAAUGUUAACUAUCCUCUUAAAAAAGAAAACAACAAAAGCUACUUUUUCUUGCUACUUAAUAGAAGAUUCUGUCCCUUGGGGCUAUUUGAUUGCUGCAGAUCUAGAGUUUCUGGUAGCCCUCAGUGGGACAUAGCCUUACCUAACAUAGCCCCAUUUUAUGUUGAUGGGAAAUACUACCAUUUAUAGUUACUUGAGAUGGGCUAACAUACAGUCAGGAUUUAACUAGGCCCAUCAGAUUUUGGAUUCUUGUGUUAAACUAGGUUUCUCUCAGAGUGAGUACCUCCCCCAGUCUUGUCAAAAAAGAAUAUUGUACAUGUGGGGGGAUAAUAGAUUAGAGCACCCACAUAACAAAGUGAAUACCCACAGGUGCUGAAUACUGGAAAUACUGUGAGUUGUUUUUAUCUCUGGUUGUUAAACGUAAGUAUGUUUAAUGGACACCAUUGAAUACUUUUUCAACUACUCUUUUAAAAAAUUUAUUCCCCUUGGUUACCUGAUUCUUUACAAUUCAGGUUAAAUGUUUUUCCAAUCUUUAUUUUUAAAAUGGGCAAAUAAACCAUUUUAUAAAGGAUCCAACUCAUACCUGAAUAGAGGAGAAAUAUUCAUUGCCUUUUCUUUCUCUGGGUCAACAUCAUGGAUAUUGUGUUCAGAGAUGUAAAGCAUAUAGUUAGUUUAUAAAGAGAUUAGUAUUUAAGACAUCUGUGGUUAUUCCCGGGAACAAAGAUAGCAAAUGAUACCAGCAGCACUUAUUUGUGUGUACCUGUGUGUCUACUUACCAGCUUGGCUAGUACAGUACAUAAAGUAGGAAAAAAUGGUCCAUGCUUAAAUUAUUAAACUUACUUAAUAUCUAGAUAGUCUUUAUGAAUAUUGUAUUGUCACAUUGUAAUGCUUUUUUCAUUUUUAUCAGUAAUUUAUUUUUUAAUUAAUUCAGUGCUUUAAAAAAAUUCAGAGUUAAAGGUAGAACCCAGGGCCUUGCAGAUAACAUAUAUUUUUUUUCGCCCAAGUAAAACCACCAUUAAUAUACUUGGUAAGUUUAUAUCAAAUUCUAUUUAGGCACAAUCCAAAUAGUGGUUUUGUUUUCUUUUUUUCCUUCUUCCUGCUCAGAUAUGGAAAAUGAAAUGCUGUAGUACUUGGAUUUGGUCAGUAGUAGAAGCAGGUAAAAACUGAGUUGAUUUAUGCCGUCUUCUGUUCAGGCAACAAUACAUGAUAGUUUUCAAGGGCUCUUAAUAGAUAGACAUUUCCUGAGUAAAUCACACCCCACCCUGCUUCUUCACUGUCAGUCUCUUCACUACAGCCUCCGCUCGCGUGUGGAGUUUUUCACCCGGCAAUACCUGUCAUCGCCUAUCUCUGUGUGUCUAUUCCUUGGGCCUCUGGGUGGUCUUGUGGAUUUUUACGAGUUAUUUAUAUUUGUGCAGCAUGUAUUUUGUUAUACACUUUUAUAAGCAUUGAUACUUCACAGAGUGCAUGAAUAUAUGUAUAGAUGCGUGAGAACAUGAAGGGUUAGUAUGCAACUGUUGCUGUUUUGUUACAGUUCAGAGCAGAGGUGAGGCUCUGCCACCAGUCCCUUCUAAUUUGGAAAACAUUUUUCUUAUGUGGCGCUUUUUACUUCACUCAGCACUGCCAGAUAAACCAAUAGAGAGGGGAAGUACGAAACAUUAGGAGUAAUUCUGAGCCAUUGACUGAGUGCUGGCUGCUGGAUGUGUUCAUCAGGGGACCAGUUGUUACUGACCUGUACAAAUAGACAAACUCAUGGAGAAAAACAACAUCGUAGAGAUAUGAAGCCAAGAUCCAGCAUUUGUUGUGUAUUGUAUUUUGCCUUUUUUUUUUUUCUUAGAAUAAAUAAAAAUCAUGAGUAGUUCUGCCCUUAUUGUAUAACCAAACCAGUUUGGUUAGGGUUGCUUUCUUCUGAAAAAAAGUGACUGAAUUUUAUCAGUAGCAGUUCUUGCAUACAUCAAAAGAACUGUUGAUAUAGCUAAAAGCCAUUCACUGGUAUGUAGUGGGUAUAACAUUGGAGAAAAGUUGUAAACCGUAUUUGUAAAUAAAGAAUUAGUCCUCAGUCUUGGAAUAUAUUCAGUGUGCCCAAAGACUGGCCUCGGUUUGGUAGUAUGUUCUCACUUUGCAGCAGUUUCCGCACUGCAGAUGUUCCAGAGAUGGAAGAACCAGGGAUCAAAUCUGGUUGGUUUCUGUCCCACCACCCCCUGGCAUAGCGUCUGACCUGUGUUACAUGAAUAAAUGAAUGCUUGCCAUGAACAAAUGAAUGCUCCCUCAAGUUUCUGAUAAACCUUUUAAUGAUUCCUAAUACUGUGCCCACUCUUCAUCAGCUGGUUAGCAGGAAAGCUAGUAAGGGUGAACAUGCCAGAAGAUCCUCAAAAGAGAAGGGGUGGAGGAAUGUUGGGAGAUUGGAAUAUUAUGUAAUGCACUACCACACUUUUGGCACUUUUGUCUGUCUGAUGGUAGGAGGGAAGAACAUUAUAUAAUUAGCACCUUACCUGUCUUAGCACCUUCUUACUCAAGAAGAUAAUAAAGAGAUGCCAAUCCGAGCAUUAAAGAUUCCUAAGAGUUUUUGAAGUGGCUGCCUAAGGUAAGCAGCACCACCCUCCCAUGCCCACUGCCUGGUGGUGGUAACGUGUAUUGGCUGCUGCCUGGAGAGCAUUGUGUAUUUGUCAGUAUCAACCUUGGGUGCCUACCCUUAGCUUUACCUGCUUAAAUUUCUGCUUGCUGUCCGUCUUCCCAAAAGGUGAGUUGCAGGGAAACCAGAGAUAGGAAAGAAAAGAACACUCAUGCUCCCUUAGAAAUAAGGCCCAUACUUAAGAAAAAAGUCGUGAUCCCUUUGGCACAUUGAAUUAUGUCUUUUGAGAUGUGAAGAAGACUUCUGUUAACAAAAGAAGGUUGUGGUGAUUCACCCCAAAAAACAUCUAAAAAGCUAAAAACAAUUUUUUUUUGUGUCACUUACAAUUGCAAAGUCAUCUUUAUGCUGUUUGCUUUCCUUCCAAAAAGUGGCCUCAUCUUUCAAAAAAGAUAUGCAGUUUCCUAAAAAAAUUAUGGGUAAUGGAUGGAGGGGGAAGUGAGGCUUUUAUGUGUUCAGCCUCUGAAUUCUUCAUUGAGUAUUACGUUUUAGGAACAAAGACCAGGGGAGGAAUGGCCUAGCAGCCAAGUGUGCAAAACAGCCAAAAGACAUUAGAGAGUGUUCAAACUUGAGCUGUAUAAAUAUCCAGCAUCAGCUUCCAGCCUUAAGAGUUAUUUGAACAGAGAGUUAAGAAAAUGGAGAUUUUGUGAAUGAAAUGUUUUGCCAAACUAAAUGAGUCUUUUCACCAUCAUUUCUUAGAGCCAUUUUUUAUCUUCUGAAACAACUCAGCAGACAUCUGGUUUUCAUCUUGGAUUGUACCAUCAUUGUUUCUUAAUAAAAGUGAUAAAUUUUC